CCAAGUCCCCCAGCAAAGAAGCCCUGGUCUCAGCAGCCAGACCCCUAUGCUAACCUCAUGACACGAAAAGAGAAGGACUGGGUGAUAAAAGUGCAGAUGGUUCAGCUGCAGACUGAGAACCCCCGCCUGGAUUACUAUUACUACCAGGAAUAUUAUCGGAAACUAGAGAAGAAGCAGGCAGACGAAGAGCUACUGGGACAGAAGAACAGUGUUGAGUCUCUCGAGCUGGAAACGCCUUACAUAUAGAAGGCAAAGGUUUACGAGUCAGUGGUUCGAAUUGAGGGUACUCUGGGUCAAGUAGCUGUGUCAACGUGUUUUAGCCCUCGCCGAGCUAUUGAUGCUGCCCAUGGAACUCAAGAGCAGGAUACUGGAGCUGCAAGCAGUGAAAGGCUUCGCCUAUUGCACCAGAUUGAGAAGAUGUUCCUGCAGUUAUUGGAGAUCGAGGAGGGCCAGAAGGAUGGGCCCUCACAGCCCUGCAGCUCUGAGCAGCACAGCAACCAGGUCGAGAAGCUCUUCCAGGCGCUAAAGACCCAGGAGCAGAACAACCUGGAGGAGGCAGCAGAUGCUCUGCAGGUGCUCUCCGUGAGGAAGGGGAAAGCCCAGGUGGCCCGGCUGCUGCCCUUCCUGCCCCAGGAUCGGGCUGUCAGCCUUCUUUUGGCUAUCACCCACCACCUGCCCCUCCUGGUCCGGAGGGACGUGACUGACCAGGCCCUACACAUGCUAUUCAAACCUCUGGGCAAAUGUAUCAGUCACUUAACCUUCCAUGAACUCCUCCGAGGACUUCAGGGACUUAUGUUGCUACCACCCGGCUCCUCAGAGCGACCACUCGCCAUGCUGCUUCAGAAUCAGUUUGGAAUAUCUUUGCUCUAUGCUCUGCUGAGUCAUGGGGAGCAGCUGGUAUCCCUGGAUUCUACUCUAGAGGAAGCCAACAGUGACCACACAAGUUGGACAGACCUGGUAGUUCUGAUUGCCUGGGAGAUAGCCCAAAUGCCUACAGCCUCUCUGGCAGAACCACUAGCCUUCCCCAGCAACCUACUUCCCCUGUUUUAUCACCACGUGGACAAACAAUUGGUUCAGCAGCUAAAAGCCAGGAUGGAGUCCUAG